CAUUCACGGUCAGCGGACUGGCAGCUGCGACACGGCGAACGACCAUCGCAAGACAAUUAAUUUCCGGUAGUUUCGCGUUUCCAAUUGCAGCCAACGCAAAAUCACUGGAAAAUUUACGUGUCUUCACCUUCACUUCGCCCAAACCUUCAUUCAAAUCGAUAAUCCCCAUCCUCUCAGCCCUGUGAUCGGCGCGUCGCGUACUCCUUUCGUCCUUUGCGCACACCACCGAGCGCUCUCGAGAGUUCCCUUCCGACCUACUGAACGUCCCAAACCACGAGUUGUUUUCGAAGGCUAUGCGCUAGGCAUGAGCCAUUUCGUCCCGUCUGCUUACGCCCACCUGAUAUGAGCGGCGCCAGCUGCCGCGACGCUUGACGAGGCGCGCCAAACGUCGUGGCCGGCGCCUCGCUACCCCAGAAACCGAACUGGGAAGCAACAAUACGAAGAUGGCGGACGCGCAGCUCAUGGAGGAAGAGUUGCAGCAAAGCGCCAUGCAGUCAGAGCGGGAAGCUGGGCUGGCGCAGGGGGGUGCCGACGGGGAUGUGGAGAUGGGCGACGACUACACGCUCGCUUCUGAAAGUCACAUCGACGUCGGCUCCGGGUCCAUGGAUGGAGAUGGAGAUGAAGAUAUGGAGGAAGAGGAAAACAAGGAAGAAUACGACGAAGACGAAGACGGGCAUGGGGAGCACGACGAUGACCACAGCGGGAGUGGCCAGUCUGAAGAAGAUGACGGCGAUGCCUUUGACGAGGAUGCCGAGGGAGAAGAGGACGAUGAACUCGUAACCCGCAAUCACCGCUCACGACGGAGGUCUGUCAGCAUGGCAAACGGCCACCAUGACGACGAAGACGACGAAGACGAGGGCGUCGGCGCUGUCAAGAUCAGACCCGGCGAGACUGAGGACGAGGAUGACAGCGGCGAUGAUUCGGCGAGUCUGGCUAGCGUUAGCGACGCUGAGUCGGAGGAUGAAGCGGAAUGGGAGGGCGCCGAUAACGAUGAUGCCGAAGACGACGAGUUCGAGAACGCGGCUGGUCAUUGCAUCUUCUGCAAGCAGGACGAGGAGCAUGACCCGGGCGAGGAGUUCGAGGUGUUUCUCGCUUGUACCAAGUGUGGGGAUAACGGCCACCAACAAUGCGCGCGAGAGCAUGAAGCUCUGGACAGCGAAGAUGGCCCCGACACUUGGCGAUGCCCCAGAUGUGCAAAUGACCUGGAUUCGGAUACCCCUGCAGAGGCGGACGAGGACGCCGAUAUCGACGCCAUGGCCGAUGGAAGUGGCACACCAACUGCCCGACGCGCUACCGCCCCCAAGGUCGCGCGGGAUUUGCUUCCUUCUCAAAAAGGGGCCAUCAAGCCCGACUCCCACUCUGUCUUCAACCAGUUGGUCCUCGACGAGGACCCCAUGGAUGGAUCUCGCGUGCUUAGGAAACGCAAGACGUCCUCGAUUGAAGCGGACGAGAACAUCAUAGCCCUACGCAGGCGGCGUAGGAACACCGGUGAUGAGCAAAGCAACGAAGAUACAGCAACAGGCCAGGAAGAGUCGUCCAGGCCAGUCUCAAGGUCUCUGCGACUGAAGAUUCCGAACCAGGCUGCAACUAUUGUCAAGAGGACGCGCAAUAGCAUUGUGAUGAAGCUGCAAGUAAAUCCGUCCGAGCUCCACCAAAUUUUGUCUCAGCAACCAAAGGGACCGAAGAAGCGCUCAAGCCGGGCGCGGCGGCGAACCUCGAGGAGCGAGUCGACCCGUGCAGCACCUCUGCCUCUGGCCGCGAUUGCAACACCAUUUACACCGAGCGCCUACUCACAACCCUUCUACUCGUUUUAUGACAAGGAAACAGACGAGCUGAAAGGCAAGCCUUAUGGCGGAAUCCUCACGGAAGCCGAAGCCGACACCUCCAAAACGAUGCCCACAAACGAUGACCGCCGGCGCUUUGACGAAGCCAAACAAAAGGCGGAGGAGGAAUGGCGACAGCGGCUACUCAAGAAGCAGGCCGAGGCGGAAGUCCCCACCAAAAAGUCAAGAAAAGCAUCAGGCCCUGCGAGUCAGAUCGAGUGCAUCGAGUUUGGCGGCUGGGAGAUCGACACUUGGUAUGCGGCGCCCUACCCAGAAGAGUACAGCAGGAAUCGCGUCCUUUACAUCUGCGAAUUCUGCCUCAAGUACAUGAACUCGGACUAUGUGGCUUGGCGCCAUAAACUUAAAUGCCCAGCCAAACACCCUCCGGGGGACGAGAUCUACAGGCAUGGCUCAGUCUCGGUAUUCGAGGUGGACGGUCGCAAGAAUCCGGUGUACUGCCAGAAUCUCUGUCUCUUGGCGAAACUUUUCCUCGGAUCCAAAACCCUUUACUACGACGUGGAGCCGUUCCUCUUCUACGUUCUCUGCGAGUACGACGACAUGGGUUAUCACUUCGUCGGAUACUUCUCAAAAGAGAAGCGUGCCAGCAGUCAGAACAACGUUUCCUGUAUUCUUACUCUCCCUAUCCACCAACGAAAAGGGUACGGGAACCUCCUAAUCGACUUCUCCUACCUCUUGACCAGGGUCGAGAAUAAAACUGGCUCUCCGGAAAAACCCCUCUCCGACAUGGGCUUGGUUUCAUACAGGAACUACUGGCGGUUGAUAAUGUGUCGUUACCUUUUGGACCGGUUUUCCGAGGAGAAGUCUGGGAAAGUAGGCCUCGGUAUCAAACAGAUCUCGGAUGACACAGGGCUGACGCCGGACGAUGUCAUCUCCGCUUUGGAAGGACUGCGGUGCCUAGUCCGAGACCCGCAGACACAGCUCUACGCUUUCCGUGUAGACUUGCAGUAUUGCCGGGAGUACGUUGCGAAGUGGGAGGCGAAGAAGUACGUUCAGCUUAAUGAAAAGGCGUUGACAUGGACGCCGUACGUCAUGGGCAGGAGCAAUGCGACAAACUUUGAGUUGGGUCCGGCUCUGAACGCCAUCGCCCCACGAGAAGAGGAAGAGGAGGUGAAACCGGCAGUUCCGCCAGAGGAGCCGCUGGUUAAUGGAACGGACCCCCCGAAUCAACCGGACACUCCUGCCGAGGACACCAAGAUUGCACUCGAGCCCGUAGUCCUCGAGUCAACCGAGUCCGGCGAGCCCGCUGAGGCCUCAGAAUCCCUUGAGCCAACCGAGACCGGCACGAGCAGCAUUGUUAAUGGCGACACCAAGCCAGACGACAUCCUUACCAAUCGGGAUUCUGCGGAACAAAAGAUGCAGACUGAGGCUGAUCCAGAGCCAGUCAAAAUCACGGCAGAGAAUUGGAUUGACCAAUACAAAAGCGUCCCUCCCAGUCGGUUCGAAGUGGUCCCGCCCAUCAACGGCCGUCGAUCCGACCGCACUCGCUCAAUGAUCCCCCGGCCGCCGGCCGUGCGAACCAGCAGCACCGGCGCCCCGCGACCGAAACCCAAGCGCCCAACCACGUCCCGCCGGUCUACCUCUUCGCGACCUAGGAACAGCACCAGCAACAGCAAGCGGAAGCCGGGUGGCACGGGUCGUGGACCGGGUCGGUGGCCCAAGGGAACCAAGAAGAGCGAUUACGGCAACGCCGCUAGCGGCCCGGGUCUUCCGCCGGCUUGGCUCGCCGAGCGCGCUAGGAUGGCGGUAGUGGCGGCGGUGUCUAAGAAAGGGGACGGUGAGGGCGUCGAUGUUAUGGAUUCGGUGCAAGUACAAUCACCCACCUUGGAAGAAAGCGGUGGGCAGAUGCAGAAAGGGAAGGGGAAGGGAAAGGGGAAGGGUAAAGACCCAGGGAAGGAGAAUACGGAUGUAGAGAUGCGGGAUGCUGAGGGCGAGGUGGACGCGUGAGUUCGGGCUUGGAACUAUCGGGAGGCGGGAUGGGAUACCACGGCGUUGUUCUUCGGUGGCCUGGGGCGUUGCGUUUUUUCGGGAGGGCAUUUGGGCUUCUUUUUCUUUUCCCCUCUGCUAUGUACCUUACCUACCGAACAACGGUUCUUGUUGUUUGGCGCCGGAUUGAGUAUUGUUUGUACGAGUGUAUUCCAGACGGGGAUGGCUUAGGGAGGGUUUAGAAGGCGUUGUUGGCCCUGAACUCUGGACUUUAUGGUGUUGGUUUCUUAUGGGUGUAUAGGACAUUGAAGACGAAUGGUGCAACCUCGAAUCUCGAAUAAUGGAAAUUCCGGGUGGAAGCAUCUACGUCAUGGCACUUCCAUUUACGCGUGC